AUGAAUAGCGUGGAUUAUAGUUGGAGCGGGAGCCAGAGCAUGAGCGUAAGCCAGAAGGCUUCUCAUAUGAUGGGAAUGCCUUCGGCGAGUUUCGAUGGGGUGUUCUCGCGUUCGAGGGCGAGUGAGACGAGAGCUAUGGAGGAAGAGGCUCUGCGAUGGGCGGCCUUGGAGAAGCUGUCCACAUAUGAUCGGCUGCGAACUGGCUUCAUCCGGCGGGCGCUCGAUAGCUACGAAGCAAGCUGUCAAGAUGUGAGGAGUAGAACAUAUUACAAGUACCAGGCGGUGGACGUUGCGAAUUUGGGUUUGGCCGAGCGUCAGGAGUUCAUCGCCAGGAUCUUUAGGGAGGCGGAGGAGGAUAUUGACACCUUCCCUAAGAAGCUACGAGAUCGGAUUGAUAAGGUCGGUAUCGAUCUUCCAACGGUAGAGAUCCGAUUCGAAAAUCUAUCGGUAGAGGCUAAAUGUCACGUGGGGACAAGGGCAUUGCCAACGCUUCUUAAUGUCACCAUAAAUAUUGCUGAGUCAAUUUUGAGUUUGUUUGGUAUUAAAUUUUCCCAAAUGACUACUCUCAACAUCCUUAAAGACAUCUCCGGAAUUAUAAGAUCAUCAAAAAUGACAUUACUCCUAGGGCCCCCAUCUUCAGGAAAGACUACAUUAUUGCGAGCAUUAGCAGGAAAGCCUGAUUCAUCUCUAGAGAUGGGAGGAGAGGUAACAUACAAUGGAUAUAAGCUCAGUGAGUUUGUCCCUCAAAAGACAGCGGCAUACAUUAGCCAGAAUGACGUCCAUGCUGGUGAAAUGACUGUGUAUGAGACACUUGACUUCUCUUCCAAGUGCCAAGGCGUGGGAGAUAGAAAUGAACUUCUCAGUGAGUUGACUAGAAGGGAGAAGGCUGAGGGCAUAUUGCCUGACCCUGAGGUGGAUCUUUUCAUGAAGGCCACUUCUAUUGGAGGUGGGAAGAACAAUCUUCAAACAGAUUACACAUUGAGGAUUCUAGGACUGGAUAUUUGUUCUGAUAUUGUUGUUGGUGAUGAGAUGAGGAGAGGAAUAUCUGGAGGACAAAAGAAACGCCUUACUACCGGUGAGAUGAUUAUAGGGCCAACAAAGACAUUAUUCAUGGAUGAGAUAUCAACUGGGUUGGAUAGCUCAACAACGUAUCAAGUUGUGAAGUGCCUCCAACAAAUUGUGCACCUAGGAGAAGCCACUAUACUUAUGUCUCUCCUCCAGCCAGCGCCUGAGACAUUUGACCUUUUUGAUGACAUCAUCCUACUAGCUGAGGGUCAAAUAGUCUACCAUGGUCCACGAGUACACGCCCUUGAAUUCUUUGAGAGCUGUGGGUUUAAAUGCCCUGAGAGGAAGGGUGCUGCUGACUUUUUGCAGGAGGUUACAUCAAGGAAAGAUCAGGAACAAUAUUGGGCAGAAAUGAAUAAACCUUAUCGAUACAUUUCUGCGGGUGAAUUUGUUAGACAUUUCAAACGCUUUCAUGUUGGCAGAAGUUUGCAAAAUAAGCUCUCAUUUCCUUUUGACAAGAAGAAGAGUCAUGGAGCAGCAUUGGUGUUCACUAAGCACUCUGUUCCAUUUAAGGAGCUCCUUAAUGCAUCCAUUUCAAAGGAAUGGCUUUUGAUCAAAAGGAACUCCUUUGUUUAUAUCUUCAAAACAGUCCAGCUCACCGUAUUGGCAUUGAUGGCCUCAACUGUUUUCUUGAGGACAAACAUGCAUUCAAGAAAUGAAACUGAUGGGUCAGUCUACAUUGGAGCAAUCAUCUACAGUGUCAUUGUAAACAUGUUCAAUGGGUUUGCUGAACUAGCUCUUGCUCUCAUGAGGCUUCCAGUAUUUUACAAGCAAAGAGAACUCCUCUUCUAUCCAACGUGGAUUUUCAGCAUUCCAAACUGCAUUAUUCGGAUUCCCAUAUCUAUUGUGGAAUCUGCUGUUUGGGUGAUUGUAACAUACUUCACUACAGGAUAUGCUCCAGAAGCUGAUAGAUUCUUCAAGCAAUGGCUUAUAUUCUUCCUCAUUCAACAGAUGGCAGCAGGCCUUUUCCGGGUUGUAGCAGGAGUAGCUAGAGAAUUGACUUCUGCGAACACUUUGGCAUGUCUCCUUACGCUAUACAUGUUUAGUGUUAGUGGCUUCAUUCUACCCAAAGAGAUGAUACCAAAAUGGUGGAAAUGGGGUUACCAAAUUUCACCUACAACAUAUGCAUUUACUGCUCUAACAAUUAAUGAGAUGUUUUCGCCUAGAUGGAUGGACAAAUUUGCAUCUGAUGGCAGAAAAUUGGGCGUGGCAAUCCUAGAGAACAACAAUGUCUCCACUGAUGAGAGCUGGUAUUGGAAGUCAGCCUUCAUUCUUUUACUAUAUGCUGUCUUCUUCAAUGUUAUGUUCACCCUGUCCCUCAUGUAUUUAAAUCCUCGGGGCAAGCCAAAUCCGGUCAUAUCAGAAGAGAAGGCAGUGGAGAUCAAGGCAAAUGGAGAAGUUGAGGCAAUAGACUAUCCACGAAUUAGAAGGGUGGGGCUAUCAUCCAAAAAAUCUUUUUCUCGGUCUAUAUCAGAAGAUAAGAGAAAUAAGGUUGAGAUGAUGGUCCAAGAUUCAAAUUUUCGUAACAGUGAUGCUUCACCUGAUUGGCGUGAUUAUGAAGCAUACAAGAAUCAAGCCAAAAAAGCCAUCUCUACAAGAGGAAUGGUUCUCCCUUUUACACCCCUUGUCAUGUCUUUCAAUGAAGUGAACUACUAUGUUGACACGCCUGCUGAAAUGAAAGAGCAAGGAAUUACUGAAGAUAGGCUCCAAUUGCUGAGAGGGGUUACUGGCGCAUUUCGCCCUGGAAUUCUUACCGCCCUUAUGGGAGUGAGUGGAGCUGGAAAAACAACUCUUAUGGAUGUCUUGGCAGGCAGAAAAACUGGCGGCUACAUUGAAGGAGAUAUUCGAAUUUCAGGUUAUGCUAAGAACCAAGCAACAUUUGCUAGAAUUUCAGGAUACUGCGAACAGUUUGAUAUUCACUCUCCUCAGCUUACUAUCCGAGAAUCAUUGAUCUUCUCAGCAUUAUUGCGCCUUAGCAACGAAGUAAGCAAAGAAGAAAAAUUGAGAUUUGUUGACGAAGUGAUCGAUCUGGUUGAGCUGGAUAACCUCAAGGAUGCAUUAGUGGGGCUUCCAGGAAUUUCUGGUCUAUCCACAGAGCAAAGGAAGAGAUUGACUAUAGCUGUGGAGCUUGUCGCUAAUCCUUCAAUCAUCUUCAUGGAUGAACCAACAUCAGGUCUUGAUGCACGGGCGGCUGCUAUUGUGAUGAGGACAAUAAGAAACACUGUUGACAUGGGAAGAACUGUUGUUUGUACCAUCCAUCAGCCGAGCAUUGAUAUAUUUGAGUCAUUUGAUGAGCUGCUUCUAUUGAAAAGAGGGGGGCAAGUCAUUUACUAUGGACCGUUGGGCCAGAAUUCUCAGAAAUUGAUUAGUUAUUUUGAGGAAAUUCCAGGAGUUCAAAAGAUAAAGAAUGAACGCAACCCUGCAGAUUGGAUGCUGGAAGCAAGUUCUAUUUCCUCCGAGGCAAGAUUGCAAAUUGAUUUUGCAGAGAUAUACAAGUCCUCAAGUUUACAUAUGCGCAACUCAGCAUUGGUUAGAGAGCUGAGCAAACCAGUUCCUGGUACAAGUGACCUUUACUUCUCAACUCCAUUCCCCCAAUCCAAUUUUGGGCAGUUCAAAAUAUGCCUUUGGAAGAACUGGUCAAUAUAUUGGAGAAAUCCGGAGUACAACCUGACCAGAGUAUUUGUUACUAUCGUCACUGCUCUGCUUGUUGGCAGCAUUUUCUGGAAGAUUGGCAAACAGAGGGAAAAAUCCACUGAUAUUACGGUUGUCAUUGGAGCAAUGUACCUUGCAGUUAUAUUUGUUGGCUUUGGCAACUGCUCCACCGUGCAGCCAACCAUCACAACAGAGAGGUCAGUUUUCUAUCGCGAGAAGGCUGCAGGCAUGUACUCGGAUCUACCGUAUGCUCUUUCACAGGUAUUUGUUGAGGUGCCGUACGUGUUUUUCCAGGCAUCGUAUUAUUCACUUAUGGUGUACUCCAUGAUGAGCUUCGAGUGGACUGUUACAAAGUUCUUGUGGUUCUUCAUUAUCUCCUUUCUCACUUUCCUCUACUUCACAUACUACGGAAUGAUGACAGUGGCAGUGACUCCAAACAUUCAAGUCGCUGGCAUCUUGUCCUCAUGCUUCUUUUUCUUCUUUAAUCUAUUCUCAGGGCUCUUCAUCCCUAGACCACUAAUUCCAAAAUGGUGGGUCUGGUACUACUGGUGCUGUCCUGUGGCUUGGACAUUAUACGGGCUUAUUGUGACACAAUACAGCGACAUGUAUGAAUUGGUUAAGGUACCAGGUCAGGCGGACCAGGCCAUUAGAGACAUUGUAAUGAAUCAUUAUGGCUACAGAGAUGACUAUAUAGGCAUCAUGAUUGCCGUACUAAUCGGCUUCACAGUCUUGUUCGCAUUCACAUACACUUACAGCAUCCGAACCUUGAAUUUCCAGCAGAGGUAG